AUAUACUGUCCGCAUGUCGAAAGAUUAGCCGUUGAUUGGGUUAAAAAGUGCCUACCUGAGGUUCCGAACCCCUCAAUCUAUCAAGAAUACAAAAACAGUCAAAUGAAUAUGCUGCUAUAUGGUAGCAGGAAGCCUAGUCUGAAAAGAAUUGCUCGGAUUUGGUACAAUGAGUCCUACGACUAUGACUACGAUACUAAUUCGUGCAAGCGCGACUGCGAACAUUAUACUCGAAGUUACUCAUACGAAUUGGAGAGGUUAGCCAUGCAGUGGGUUGCACAAUGCCGAUGGGAACAUCCAGAUCCCAAAAUUUACACGCAAUAUCGUGGAAUCGGACAGAAUCUUGCGCUUUACGGUGGCUACGUACCAACAUUCACAAAGAUGGCUGAGGGCUGGUACAACGAGGUGGCAAACUACACAUAUUAUAACAACCACUGCUCCCACGUUUGCGGACACUACACACAGAUGGUGUGGGCAUCGACAACUCAUCUGGGCUGUGCAAUGCGGCGCUGUGAUAAUAUUGCGCCCCACUGGCCUAAACCCGUUUAUCUCAUGGCUUGUCAAUACGCUCCAGGUGGAAAUUUCUAUGGGAUGCGGCCCUACGACGCUGGUCAAACUUGCAGUAAAUGUCCUGCCGGAUAUACCUGUUAUCGCAGACAAUGCUCCAAAGUACCCCACUACACAAAGCGUCGUUGA